AAAACGUCAAUAUUUUUCCAUUUUGCGGUACUCGACGUGUUUACUUUGUUAUCAGUGGAAGCAUUCGAAAUUCAGCGGAUAAUUUCGUGCAAAAUAGACAUAUCUAGUUUCUAAAUAGGUGCUACCAUUCACAGCGCUUGUUGGUGUCUAUAAAAAACUAGAUUGUAUGCUCUAAUCUGCUCGUUUUUUGCGGUUUUAGGGGUGGAAUAUCAAAAAUGACAGUAGAUUCGGAAAGUGGCAAGGAAGCUGCCGGCGGGAACAAAAUCCGGUGUUUCUUCGAUGUGUCCCUUGGUGGUCUACCUGCCGGACGGAUAGUGUUUGAACUACAGCCGGAUGUAGCUCCAAAAACUUGUGAAAAUUUUCGAGCCCUGUGUACCGGUGAGAAGGGCAUUGGAGAGAAAACCGGCAAACCGCUGCAUUAUAAGGGCAUAAUUUUCCAUCGAGUCGUUAAAGAUUUCAUGAUACAAUCUGGCGAUUUUUCAAAUGGUAACGGAACCGGAGGAGAAUCGAUUUAUGGGGGAACUUUUGAUGAUGAAAAUUUCAUUUCCAAGCACGAUAAACCAUUUCUUCUUUCCAUGGCAAAUCGUGGAAAAAAUACAAAUGGUUCUCAAUUUUUCAUUACAACGCAACCUGCACCUCAUCUUGAUAACGUACAUGUUGUUUUUGGACACGUUGUAUCGGGGCACGAUUUAGUGCGUCAACUAGAACAACUACCAGUGGAUCGUAAUCAUCGUCCCCUUCAGGACGCUGUCGUUACCAACUGCGGUGAGUUGGUAAGACAGAUCAAAGAGAGAAAAGAGAGAAAGAAAAAAAAAUCUAAAUCCAGCUCUAGCGAUGAAUCCGACGGGGAAGGUUCUAAAAAACGAAAAAAGGAUAAGAAAAAGAAAAAGGAAAAAAAAUCAAAAGGCGAUAAAAGCCCGGAUCCCAAUAUGGAAGAAGGUGAGCUUUCCGAUGAUGAUACACACCCAAUGACGACCGUAACGAAAAUUGACCCUAGUGAAAUUCCAGAAAUUUCCAACAAUUUUCUUAUGCGCGGCGAUGGUAAAAAACGUCCUGACAGGAAAAGCGAUAGCGAAGGCGAGCAAGAAGACCGUGGACGUAACAGGAAACGGGAUAAGGAUCGAGGAGGACGGGACCAGCGGGGCUUUGGGUGGUCUAAAAAACGUGUACCAAUUUCAAAAAGUGGUCGAGCAAUCAAGGGUCGGGGAAACUUUCGCUAUCGUACACCAUCACGUUCGAGAUCUCGUUCGAGAAGCUUCACACCUAUUCAUUGGCGGUUGGCCCAAAAACGCACAGUAAAAAUGACAGAUUUGGAAAAAAUUCAGGACGAAACCCGACACCGCGAAGUAGAAAUCAAAAGGCGUGAAGUUGAACGCAAAAAAAGGCAUGAAGAAAUGGCCAAAGGAUCAGCGAAAAAAUCGUUCUUUGAACUGCACCAAGAGAAAGAUCAUCCCACCGGAGGAGAAAAUGAUGAUGUUAAUUCAGAACACGGUAAGCGAACUGAUCUCAACAAACCUAUUGACAUGAAUGCCCUAGACUAUGAACAUCCAACUAAUGCUUCAGACGGUGAGGAUGGCGAUCCCCGAAAUGAUACGAUAGCUAAAGCGUUUGGAUUAGAUCCCAAGAAAAAACGAGAAGACGAAGAAGGUAAUAAUUUGCGCGAGUCAAAGAAACUUGACAGAACCAACACAGAUCGAAAGCGAGAAGAUCGCAAGAUGCGGGAAUCAAGAAGUCGAUCCGGUGACAAUAGGAAACACGUUUCACGAAGUCGCUCGAGAGAAAGACGCAGAAGCUAUCGCGAACGUUCUCCUGUGCCAUUCCGCGGGGGAGGUAACAGGCGGCAAUUCGGUCGGUGGAUCCAACGUCGUGGAUUUUUCUCCCCACGCGGUAGAAGAGGUGGCGGACGUUUUGAGCGUAGCAGACGUUCGCGAAGCUACGAUCGCCGUAGGUCACCGGCUAGGCACCGGAGAAAUCGCUCUAGAUCUCGUAGCUCGCGCUCGCGUGAUCGACGUAGUCGUAGUCGUUCAAGCUCACGACGUCGAAGCGGUCGCAACCGAAGACGAAGCACUGAUUCUCGCUCAAGAUCGCGAUCAAGCAAAUCCACCAGUCCUAAGCAACAGCGUCAAAAAUCUACUGAACCAUCCAACAGAUCAUUGGGAAAAAAGGAGACGUUGGAAGAGGAGAAAGCUCGGUUGCAGAAAGAAAAAAUGCUCAAACGAGCGGAGACAUUACUUUUGCUAAAAAAUCACAUGGAAAAAGAAAUUGAAGAACAGCGUAAAGCGCGCGAAAAACAGAAACUGGCAGAGGAGCAAGAACAGAAAGAGAUUGCCAACUUGGAAAAGCUUAAAAAGGAAACCAUAGAGCAAUUGCAAGCUCACGAUACCAUCAAACUGGUAGCUGCUGUAGUCUCUUCAGUCAAAUCCGGUAGUACUGGUGGUGGUAGCGGUGCUAAUAAAAAGAAACAACACCGUCGAAGCAAAUCUUCAAGUUCGUCAUCUUCAUCAAGCGGCGAUCGUUCACGAAAGAAGAAGCGUGAUAAAAAGAAAAAAAGCCGACGCAACUCGUCGUCUUCGUCAUCGGAUUAAAUGUUCAGAACUGACUUAAAAUGCCAGAUGACCGGCUGAAAUAAAAAUGGAAUACUACGGUUUUCCCCAAAAUUUUAUCCGUUUAAGGAGUCUAGUUUGAAGAAACCCGUUCGUCUAAAGUAUUUAUGUUUAUCUUUUCAUUUAUUUUUGCCUAUAUUUGUU